ACCGGAAAGGGAAUUCCGCGUGAUGCAUCACAUGACUUACCUGACGUCAGUGACUGAUCUGCCAUCAUGUUGACGAAACUGAAAAGAAAACAAUGAAAUUUACGGAGAAAACAGGCGUUUGAUAGCUAUAGUUCAAGAACCAAUCAGGGAAUCAUCAACUUGAGGGAUGUCUCAAAAAUCCAAGUUACUUAAGGUUGUUCUCCUGGGAGAUGGGGGAGUGGGGAAGAGCUCCUUAAUGAAUCGAUUUGUGAGCAACAAAUUUGAUGCCCAAUCAUUUCACACCAUUGGGGUGGAGUUCCUAAACAAGGACGUCACAUAUGAGGGAGAGAAUUACACCAUGCAGAUAUGGGAUACCGCUGGACAGGAAAGAUUUAAGAGUUUACGAACACCGUUUUAUAGAGGAGCAGACUGUUGUUUGUUGACAUUUGCUGUUGAUGAUAUUCAGAGUUUUAAAAAUUUGGCAAUGUGGAAAAAGGAAUUCCUAUAUUAUGCUGACAUUCAGGAUGGAAACAACUUUCCAUUUGUGAUACUAGGUAACAAAAUUGAUAUGGAAAACCGAAUGGUUUCUACGGAAAUGGCCCAAGAGUGGUGUCAAGCUAAUGGACAAGCCCCUUAUUUCGAAACUAGCGCCAAAGAUUCCACAAAUGUUGACGAGGCAUUUAAAGCAGCAAUAAAAAGGCUACGGGAUUUGGAAGACGUGAUAGAGAUCAAAACACAACACGGGAAUACAGUUGACCUAAAGAGGAAGGCCAAAACCCAGAGUUCUGGUUGCUGUGGUAACUGAUGAAGCUUAUGGUAUUUUUUCUGCAAAAUAUUUCUAAUUUUUAUAGUUUUUGGCAAAUAUGGCAAAAGCUUUUUUCUUUACUCUAGAGCACUCUUUCUCUAAUCAGGACUACAUACUUGUCAUUGAUCGUUGGAGAAUAAAUGUACAUUGGUCAUAAUGUUUAUGAGGAGAGAGAAUGUGCAAUAGGGCAUAAAACACUCUUUGUAAUUCUAUAUUAUAUCACUGAAAGUCAAUGCUAAGCAUUAUGUUCAACACUCUUUUGUAAAACAAUACUUGUAAAUUUAUACAAUAUCAAAGGGGAAUAAAAUGUGAUGUAAUUUUAAUUAUUCCAUUGAACAGUCUUUUGUAAACUUUCACUCUGUGUUUUUAAAACGAGUAAUCAUGUAAUAAUUUUGAAGAGUUGUGAUUAAUAAGUGAUCACAAUACUUGAAUGUGAAGUGUUAUGUUUUAUUUAGAACAAUAAAUAUAUGUUCAUAUU